CUCUCUAAAUAUUUCUCUAGCUACACUCUGUUUUUGCCUGUUAUAAUUUUGAGAGAGAAUUCCUGCACUACUCUUAUCUCUUUAACCUCUCAUAAACCUUCAAUAUCCUAAAGUACAACCUUCUACACCGCAGAGUACAACCUCUUAAUACUGUUAUUGUUGAAUUUUCGAGUUUUCGACUUAUCGACCAGAGCUCGAGCUCGAGUUUGAAAAAUGGCACCGAAGAACGGUCGUGGAAAGACAAAGGGCGACAAGAAGAAGAAAGAAGAGAAGGUUCUUCCAGUUGUGGUGGAUAUAAACGUGAAUCUUCCGGACGAGACUUGUGUUGUUUUGAAGCAGGGAAUAUCUACGGAUAGAAUUAUUGAUAUUCGUCGUUUGUUAUCGGUUAAUACACAAACGUGUAACCUUACCAACUUCUCCUUAUCACAUGAGGUGAGGGGCCCACGGUUAAAAGAUACGGUGGACGUCUCCGCACUGAAACCCUGCACCCUCACACUCGUGGAAGAGGACUAUGAUGAAGAGAGCGCCACGGCGCACGUUAGAAGGUUGCUCGAUAUCGUCGCCUGUACGACGUCGUUCGGGCCGUCGGCGAACAAGGAUGCCUCCUCCGCCGCCGCCGCCGCCUCGGGCGGAGAUGUGGUCAAGGAUGUGCGUGGAGCGCAGGAUACCAAGACUUCCAAGAAAUCAAGCAAAUCUCCCCGCGCAAAGAGUAAGAAAGAGAAUUCUCCUCCGCCGGCGUUACCGGUGUCGGAUUCCGAGGGAAAGGACGGAUCGUCGGUGGCGAUUGACGGAGAAGGGGAGAUGAAUAACACUUCACCGAAAUUGGGGAGUUUCUACGAGUUCUUUUCUCUCUCGCAUCUCACGCCUCCUCUUCAAUUUAUAAGGAGGGCAACGAAGAAGUCCGGCAGUGGAGUUUGUGGAGCUGAUCAUCUUUUCACUCUCGAAGUGAAAUUGUGCAAUGGUAAAUUGGUUAUUAUAGAAGCUUCCAGGAAAGGUUUCUGUGAUACCGGAAAGCAGCAAAUUCUCUGUCACAAUCUGGUCGACCUGUUGAGACAGCUCAGUAGAGCCUUCGAUAAUGCUUAUGACGAUCUCAUGAAAGCAUUCUCAGAGAGGAAUAAGUUUGGGAACCUCCCUUUUGGCUUCAGGGCUAACACAUGGCUUAUUCCACCUGUAGCUGCACAAUCACCAUCUACAUUUCCUCCUCUACCCAUAGAAGAUGAAAAAUGGGGUGGAAAUGGAGGUGGUCUGGGCAGAGAUGGAAAAAGUGAUCUGCUACCUUAUGCAAAUGAACUUCUGUUUCUUGCAUCUAUGCCAUGCAAAACAGCCGAGGAGAGGCAAAUUCGAGAUAGAAAAGCAUUUCUUCUUCACAGUUUAUUUGUCGACGUUGCCAUUUUCAAAGCCUUUGCUGCCGUGCAACAUGUAUUAGGAAAUCCGGAGUUAGCUCAUGCUGCUUUGAGCACUGAUAUUAUCUACUCAGAAAAUGUCGGGGACUUGACCAUAGCUGUCAUGAAAGAUGCUUCUAAUGCUAGCUGCAAAUUUGAUACUAAGAUUGAUGGACAACAAGCUAUUGGACUAGAUACUAAAAGACUGGGUGAAAGAAACCUGCUCAAGGGGAUCACUGCUGAUGAAAAUACUGCAGCUCAUGAUAUUGCAACCCUAGGUAUUGUGAACGUAAGAUACUGUGGUUAUAUUGCAAGCGUGAAAGUUCAAGGGAUUGACAUUGACAAUGACAAUGUGAAUCCUGCAUUGCAAAGCCAAGAACUUCUUGACCAGUCAGAUGGUGGUGCUAAUGCCCUCAAUAUUAACAGUUUGAGGCUAGUUCUUCAUGAAAAUGCAACUGCUGAACUGAAUAAACAAAUACCGCAUUCCCAAUUGUUAGAGAGUGAAGAACUUGAUUCCUCACAAGCUUUUGUUGAGAGAUUGUUUGAAGACAGUCUUGUCAAGCUUAAGGAAGAAGAAACUGAUAAGGAUGCUUUUGUGAGAUGGGAGCUUGGGGCCUGCUGGAUACAACAUUUACAAGAUCAGAAAAAAACAGAAAAAGAGAAGAAACCAUCUAAUGAGAAAGCCAAAAAUGAAUUGAAGGUUGAGGGUCUAGGAACACCUCUUAAAUCCCUUAAAAAUAGAAAGAAGAACUCAGAUGGAAGUACUGCGGAACUACCAAAUGAAAACAUUAGGUCUGCCGUAGAUGAAGUGAAGGAUGAGGCUGCAAAAACCAUAAAUGUGUCAGAAUCUCAGCUUGAUACUGGUGCAAGUGAAGACGAGCUUAUGCUAAAAAAAUUAUUGUCUGAUGCUGCUUUUACUCGAUUAAAAGAGUCAGAGACAGGACUUCACACAAAGUCGCUGCAAGAACUAAUUGAGCUGUCACAAAAAUAUUAUGAUGAAGUGGCUCUGCCAAAACUGGUUGCAGAUUUUGGUUCAUUAGAACUCUCACCAGUGGAUGGGCGGACGUUAACAGAUUUCAUGCAUACUAGAGGUCUUCGGAUGCGUUCCCUUGGACAAGUUGUUAAGCUUUCAGAAAAAUUAUCCCAUGUGCAAUCUCUAUGCAUCCAUGAGAUGAUAGUACGAGCUUUUAAGCAUAUUCUGCAGGCAGUGAUAUCUGCUGUUGAGAAGCCCGAGAAACUGGCAGCAGCAAUUGCAGCUGCGCUGAAUUUGAUGCUUGGAGUUGCUGAAAAUGGACAAUCAGAUCAGCCGCAUGGUGUAAAUUCCAUUGUCUGGAGAUGGCUCGAAGUGUUUCUUAAGAAGAGAUAUGAAUGGCAUUUGAACAAUGCAAACUACGAGGAUGUGAGAAAAUUCGCAGUUCUUCGUGGUUUAUGCCAUAAGGUGGGUAUUGAGCUUGUACCAAGAGACUUCGAUAUGCAAUCUGUACAACCUUUCCGGAAAGAGGACAUUGUCAGCCUUGUACCAGUACAUAAGCAAGCUGCAUGCUCUUCUGCGGAUGGACGGCAGCUCUUGGAAUCUUCUAAAACAGCCCUGGAUAAAGGAAAACUUGAAGAAGCUGUCAGCUAUGGAACAAAGGCCCUUGCGAAGUUGGUAGCAGUGUGUGGCCCCUAUCAUAGAAUGACAGCUGGUGCUUACAGCCUUCUUGCAGUUGUUUUAUAUCACACAGGAGAUUUCAAUCAGGCCACAAUAUAUCAGCAAAAAGCAUUGGAUAUUAAUGAACGAGAGCUAGGUCUUGAUCAUCCAGAUACCAUGAAAAGUUAUGGGGAUCUUGCUGUUUUCUAUUACAGACUGCAACACACAGAAUUGGCUCUCAAGUACGUAAAGAGAGCGUUAUAUUUGUUACAUCUGACAUGUGGCCCAUCACAUCCAAACACUGCUGCAACAUACAUAAAUGUGGCUAUGAUGGAGGAAGGGCUGGGUAACGUGCAUGUUGCUUUAAGGUAUCUUCAUAAAGCUCUGAAGUGCAACCAAAGGCUUCUUGGACCAGAUCAUAUUCAGACCGCUGCGAGUUAUCAUGCUAUUGCAAUUGCCCUCUCAUUGAUGGAAGCAUAUCCUUUGAGUGUUCAGCAUGAACAAACCACCUUACAAAUUCUUCGGUCUAAGCUGGGACCAGAUGACCUUCGAACACAGGAUGCCGCUGCAUGGCUUGAAUACUUUGAAUCCAAGGCUUUUGAACAGCAAGAAGCUGCUCGGAAUGGGACUCGGAAGCCAGAUGCAUCUAUAGCUAGCAAGGGCCACUUAAGUGUAUCGGAUUUGCUUGAUUACAUUAAUCCAAGUCAUGAUGCUAAAGGGAAAGAUGCUGUGGGAUCAAAGAGAAGAAAUUACAUUGCAAAGGCAAAAGGAAAAUCUGUUCAAAACAAUCUAGCCACCUCAGAUUCAGAAGUGCUUCCAAUAGACUUCCUGAAGGGCGAGGAGCACGAAGACAAACAAGUAUCUGACUCUGAUGUUGAGUCCUCCCUGAACCAUCAAUCUUCCUCUCCGCCAGUUCAGUCUGAAGAAAAUGUAGAAGUAUCCAAUGAGGCGAAAGCCGUUCAGCCUGACGAACCUCUGCCAGAGGAACCUAUAGUUGAAACACCUCCAGUUUCCAAUGAUGUUACAUUUGAAACACAUGCUGAAGGAGAAGAUGGAUGGCAGUCAGUUCAAAGACCAAGAUCAGCUGGCUCGUUUGGGAAACGACAGAGGCAGAGACGUCAGCAUGGAAAUAAGAUUUUUAAUAAUCAGAAAAAAGAUUUUGUCGUUGAAGUGGAUCAUGCUAUUCUGAAGAAUAACCAUCAAAGUGGUAAAUUUUAUGUGGUGAAGAAACGGGCAGUGUCCCCAGGCAGGUUUGCGGAAUAUUAUGUAGCGAAGAAUCCAUCACCAGCCACCAAAUUUGGACGGAAAGUAGUCAAAACUGUGGCAUACAGAGUGAAGUCGGUGCCUUCAUCCACCACAGAUGCUGCAGUGGAGAGCUCUAAGAAUGAAGAUAAGAGAUUAAACUCUCCAUCAGACCAAGGGCCGGUUUAUGUACCGAAAGAGAUUGUAGCAGUACCAAAGAGAAGCUCAAUUGUAAGUUUGGGUAAAUCUCCUUCAUAUAAGGAAGUAGCUGUAGCACCACCUGGUACCAUACCUAUGUUGCAGGUGAGACUUCCCGAGAAUGAUGUCCAUUACGAUAAGGAAUCUGAAGAACAGCACAUUGAAGCCAAGGAAGAAUCUGGGUCCACGGUAUUGAAUGCAGAAAAUGACAAGGAAGUGAAUGUUUUGGAUUUAAUUAUGGCUUCCGCUGUAAGAUAUGAAAACGAGGCUUCCGAUAAGAAAGAAGCAAUUCACUCGGAUAAUGCAAAAAAUGAUGAGGUGACAUCUGAGAGCAUCAAGGAGUCAAAUCAAAUGGAUGAGCAAGGUUACACACAUUCUCUAGAAAUGGGUGCGUUCACUGCGGAUUCAUUGGAGUCUGCUGGACUCAACGAGGACUCUGAAUCAGCUUUGAUUGGGGUUGAAGAACUACAGGUAAAACCUUCAAUGAUAGGUCCUAAUGACUCUAGAGAAAUUUCCGGCAAGAAAUUAUCUGCAUCAGCAGCUCCAUACAAUCCAUCAGUAGUUUCUCCACGUGUGCCACCAUUGCCUAUCAGUCCAGGAACUAUUCCCCCAAUCGGCCCUUGGCCAAUGAAUAUGGGUCUUCAUCCAAGUCAACACCAUCCAUAUCCAUCACCCCCAACAACACCAAACAUGAUCCACCCCUUGCCGUUUAUGUAUCCUCCAUACUCACAAGCCCAAUCAAUACCACCUACCACUUUCCAAAUGACUAACAGCCCAUUUCAUCCCGGUCAGUUCGCCUGGCAAUGCAACAUACGUGCUAACAAGCCAGAGUACAUUCCAGUCACUAUUUGGCCUGGCUGCCACCCGAUAGAAUUUCCCUCACCGACGGUCGUUGAACCAAUUGGUAAACCCAUUUUGGAGACGAAGGAACACUCUAUUAACGCAGAUAACCUAAAUCUGCCACCUAGUUUAUCUGUGGAUCUUGACAGUGGGAAUGAGUCUAAGAAAGAAAUUGAUCUUCCAGCAUCGGAAGCAGUGGAGAACUUAAAUGAUAUAAAUGUAGUUCAAUCAGGGGAUGGGGAAGAAAUUACUGGUUCUAACUUUCAUGGUGUAUCGAUUGCGGUUAACCUGUUAAACAGCAGCAACAGUCCAAAUGAAGAAGCUCAUAGGUACAGUGACUAUCAUGUACACAGACAGCCAGAGAAGGAUGAGAAUGAAAAAACCUUCAAUAUUUUAGUUAGAGGGAGAAGGAACCGAAAGCAGAUGCUGCGAAUGCCAUUAAGUAUGCUCAAGAAACCAUAUAGUUCUCAGUCUUUCAAAGUUGUAUAUAGUAGAGUUGUGAGGGAAACGGAACUUCCUACUUCCACAAGUUUUGAAUCCAGAGAACCGAGCACCACGGCUAAUGCUACACAAGGAGAUGUAUAACUUUAUUCAAAUGCUACAGCGAGAUGAUUGAGAAGAUGUUAAAGUUGUAUUACGUACGUAACAUACAAAAGUGACUUCAAUGAUAUCUAUGCUGUGUGGAGGUUUGCUAGAUGCCUCAGUAGUUAGCUCAAUACGUGCAGGUUAUCUUUGGAAAUUCACUUUUUGGUCUGUGGAGGCCUCUCUGUGUCUUGGAAUAUCAUUCUCACACACCUUUUCAGCAGAGGAAUUUGAACUUUUUUGAUGCAUUCAUUCUUUCCUUUAUUUGAGGAUAUAAAUUUUGACCAUGAUAAUAGGAUAUAUUUGAAGUCCUUUCCAAUUGAUUCUUUUUUAUAGAAGGUGAGUUUGAAAUAAACUUUCUAGGUCAAAUUUUUGGCAAAUGUCAUUCGAUAAAAUAAGCAAUGACUAUUCUUUUGAUUCUGCAUUGGAAAUAAUACGUUUAUUCUCAUGUUAACUUUUGUCGGUAGCAUCUAGAUGAGGUAUAUUUGGAUUUGCUGGACCAUCUUUCUUGCAUGUCUGUACCAUGUUUUCGAUAAAAUGUAUGAUGGUAUUGUUAUAUACAAUUUUUGG